AUGUCGGGCGCAACUUCCUGGUCGCACACGCCGGCACGGGCACCCUCGGCACCGUCGUCCUCGCAUCCCUCGGGCACAUCGACCGCACCGUCGCUGCAGCCCACGACGCGCGGCAUUGAUCUGGGCGGCUGGAGCGUGCGCGUCACCAGCGGGCCCAUCGGAUCAUCUGCCGAGAUGGACGCGCUCUCGGAGGUGCUCGGCAUCCCACCGCCCGAGAUGGCGUUUCCGCACAACUCGCUCGUUCUGCAGCACGCCGCGUCGGGCUUCAGCCUGUGCUUUGACGCGGUGCGUGCGCUGCGUUCCAUCGACGGCGUCCAGUCGCGCAACAGGCUGCAUGGCAUCGACUGUCGCGAAAGCGCUGCAGCGGGCAAGGCGACGCGAAGCAGUGUCCCCGGCGCCAAGCCGCCGAAAAAGUCGUCGUCGAUCAAAGUCGCCUACGCCAAGGAGUGGGGCAAGAGCCGCAACGACUUUAUCACCCCCGACGCAGCUGAGGGCGGCACCGAGGCGGGCACUGUCGCCAAGGACGCCGUGGCACAGACGGAUAUCACGACGGCCAAGGACUACGACUGGACCUACUCGACCACUUGGGCUGGAUCGGUGGGCGAUGUGGCUCCCCCGCCACUGCUGUCGGAGACGCCAGAGGUUCCCUCGUCGGCUGGGUUGAAGCAGCUUGUUGUGCCAGAGAAGCGGGGGGAGAGGGAGUGGUUUGGGCCGGGGACCGACCCGGCGCGCGACCGCAUCCCAGUGGAGAGGCUGGGUGCGUCGAGCGGCGAGCCGAUCCUGUUCUACGACGACAUUGUGCUGUACGAGGACGAGCUGGCGGACAACGGGAGCUCGAUCGUCAAUGUCAAGGUGCGCGUCAUGCCGUCGGGCUUUCUGGUGCUGCAGCGCUUCUUCCUGCGCGUCGAUGAUGUGCUCUUUCGCGUAUUCGACACGCGCCUCUACUGCCAAUUCACACGGCCUGCCGAUGGGACCGCGCACGUCCCGCGUCCGCUCGCAGGCACCGCAGUGCCACGUCCUGCUUCAUCGCUGCCAACGGGUCUGGGGCAGCUCAGUUUGGGUGCACCGCGCACCUCGCGCACCAGCCCCAGCAUGGCGGGUGAGGCGGACAUGGACGAGGGAGAGACGGAGCCUAUGCGGUUGAUUCGGGAGUGCAGUGGGAGCCAGGCACCGUAUGCGCUGGUGCGCUCGAGGCUCCCGCCUUACCGUCCACACGAUCUAUCGCCACUGACCGACGUGAACUGGGUGUCGUCGACACUCGCCACGAUCUCGCGCUCGGCGCUUGCGGCGUACCACUCUGCCGUCGCAUCGGGUACGCAGCUCCCACGCAUGGCAGACAAAGACGCGCUACCGGGGGCAAAGUUCCUGGCACCCUCGACGAGUGCCUCUCGCUUCCCUGGGGCGGGAUUUGCAGGCUCGCGACCGGGGGAACGACUCGACCUCUCGCCUGCACAGGCUCCCACCCACGAGCCCGCACAGGCGCACAUUGUGGGUCAGAUCGACGAGUCGCCCGAACACGAAUGGCCAGGCUCAGGCGCCCGUGUCGACAUUGCCCUGCUCAAGUCCUAG